AUGACAACAAGAAGGUGGUGUGAGAAGGUAGAGAGCUACCAGAGAGAAGCAAGCAAGCUCGGUAUAGGCAAAAGCAGAGAGCCGGACGUUGCGGAAAGAUCGAGCGAGAUGGGUCCGUUUGGCCAAUUGGAGUGGGCAGCCAGCGGCACAGAACAACCAACCGACUUGACUACUCAGGACAAGAAGGAGUGUGAAUAUCUGGAAAGAGAGCGAACACUGAAGGGGGUGGAGGAGGAGGAGCCAAGAGGGGGUGGCAGGAGGCUAGCCGGAGGAUGGAGUCUCGAGCCCUUCUUCGCCGCCCGUCAUCGCAGGAUCCGGGAUGGCCUGAGGGGAAACACAGCCUGGGAUGGGAAGAACAACAGAGAAGCAAGCAAAGAGGAGCAAAAGAGCGUGAAAGAGAGAGAAGAGAGGGGGAGAGAGAGGAGACAGGCGACUUUGGUUGAGGGAGAGACAAGAGGUGAAGUUAAAAAUACAAAAACAACUGCGCUUCGGAGUCCAGAGGAAAGCCAUUAA